GCGCAGGCGCCCGGGAAACUGCGAAGCGCGGCUGGCGCGGGGAGAGCUGCGGGCGGGCGGGCUAGGCGGCGCGCCGGCUCUCGGGGGAGGAGCCUGGCGGCGGCGCCCGCGCAGGCCGGGCCGCGCGGGGGAACCGGAAGGAAGAAGGAGGCGGCGGCGCCAGCCUUCCUCGGCGGGAAGCGGAGGCGAGACCCCGGCCCGGGCCGCGGCGGGAGGGCCACGCCCCCGCCGCCGCCGCGCCUCAGGGACUCAGUGUCUGCGGCGCCGCCGGCCCGGCCGGAGCCCGAGGCACGCCUGUGAGGAACGCGGGUACUCCAGAGGAUGCACAGAACAUAGGAUGUCCCUACAAAACCUACCUCCAGUGUUAUUCCCAUUCACCUAUGAAGUACAACAAUUGCAAGUUUGAGCAAGAUGUCCUCAGAUUGUGUUGAAAACCUCUGAAGAACCUAGUUAACACAGGAUGACCUAGGACUGACCCUUAAGCCUCUGACAAAGUACUAUUCAUUAGUGCAUUUGUCACUCUUGGUUCUGAAUGCUGCAGAUAACAGCAAGUGGAAUUCCUUCUUUCUUUAUUUCUGAAGCAUUCACUUGACCUUCCCCUUCAGUAAACCUGACUUUUCUAACUUGCUCUGGGAGACAUUAAUGGAAUACAGUCAUGUCCACUCAAGACGAGAGGCAGAUCAAUACUGAAUAUGCUGUAUCCUUGUUGGAACAGUUAAAACUGUUUUAUGAACAGCAGUUGUUUACUGACAUAGUGUUAAUUGUUGAGGGUACUGAAUUCCCUUGUCAUAAGAUGGUUCUUGCAACAUGUAGCGCAUAUUUUAGGGCUAUGUUCAUGAGUGGAUUGAGUGAAAGCAAACAGACGCAUGUACACCUGAGGAAUGUGGAUGCAGCCACCUUACAGAUAAUUAUCACAUACGCAUACACGGGUAACUUGGCAAUAAACGACAGCACUGUAGAACAGCUUUAUGAAACAGCAUGUUUCCUCCAGGUAGAAGAUGUGUUACAACGUUGCCGAGAAUAUUUAAUUAAAAAAAUUAAUGCAGAGAAUUGUGUGCGAUUGUUGAGUUUUGCUGAUCUGUUCAGCUGUGAAGAAUUAAAACAAAGUGCUAAAAGGAUGGUGGAGCACAAGUUCACUGCUGUUUAUCACCAGGAAGCGUUCAUGCAGCUGUCACAUGACCUACUGAUUGAUAUUCUCAGUAGUGACAACUUAAAUGUAGAGAAGGAGGAGACAGUUCGUGAAGCUGCUAUGCUCUGGCUAGAAUAUAACACAGAAUCACGAUCCCAGUAUUUAUCUUCAGUUCUUAGCCAAAUCAGAAUUGAUGCACUUUCAGAAGUAACACAGAGAGCUUGGUUUCAGGGUUUGCCACCCAAUGAUAAGUCUGUAGUGGUUCAAGGUCUCUAUAAGUCCAUGCCCAAGUUUUUCAAACCAAGAUUGGGGAUGACCAAAGAAGAGAUGAUGAUUUUCAUUGAAGCAUCUUCAGAAAAUUCCUGUAGUCUUUACUCUUCUGUCUGUUACAGCCCCCAAGCAGAAAAAGUUUACAAGCUCUGCAGCCCUCCAGCUGAUUUACAUAAAGUUGGCACCGUUGUUACUCCCGAUAAUGAUAUCUAUAUAGCUGGUGGCCAAGUUCCUCUGAAAAACUCAAAAACAAAUCACAAUAAAACAAGCAAACUUUAUACGGCCUUCAGAACUGUGAAUUGCUUUUACUGGUUUGAUGCACAGCAAAAUACCUGGUUUCCAAAGACCCCUAUGCAUUUUGUCCGCAUAAAGCCAUCUUUGGUUUGCUGCGAAGGCUAUAUCUAUGCAAUUGGAGGCGAUAGUGUUGGUGGAGAGCUUAAUCGGAGGACGGUAGAGAGAUACGACACUGAGAAGGACGAGUGGACAAUGGUCAGCCCCUUGCCUUGUGCUUGGCAGUGGAGUGCCGCAGUUGUGGUUCAUGACUGCAUUUAUGUCAUGACACUGAACCUUAUGUACUGUUACUUCCCGAGAUCUGAUUCCUGGGUAGAAAUGGCCAUGAGACAGACAAGUAGGUCUUUUGCUUCAGCUGCAGCUUUUGGUGAUAAAAUAUUCUAUAUUGGCGGAUUGCAUAUUGCUACCAAUUCUGGCAUAAGAUUCCCCUCUGGAACAGUAGAUGGGUCUUCAGUAACUGUGGAAAUUUAUGAUGUGAAUAAAAAUGAGUGGAAAAUGGCUGCCAACAUACCUGCAAAGAGGUACUCAGACCCCUGUGUUCGAGCUGUUGUGAUCUCUAAUUCCCUGUGUGUGUUUAUGCGAGAAACACAUCUAAAUGAGAGAGCUAAAUAUGUCACCUACCAGUACGAUCUGGAACUUGACCGGUGGUCUUUGCGGCAGCAUAUAUCUGAACGUGUUCUAUGGGACCUCGGGAGAGACUUCCGAUGCACUGUGGGGAAACUUUAUCCAUCCUGCCUUGAAGAAUCUCCGUGGAAACCACCAACAUACUUUUUUUCACCCGAUGGGACAGAAGAGUUUGAACUGGAUGGAGAAUUGAUUGGAUUACCACCCGUAUAGUUCAGGGAGUGCACGCCUGUUUUAUGUGCUUUGUCAUUUACUUUGCUAAACAAGAAAGGCUAUGAAAGGACUAAAUAUGAUUACAUAAAAAUCUAUCUUUGAUAAAUUUUAUUUUUAUGCCCUACUUAAUAUUUGCAUCAGUAUAAUAUAUAUCAGUGAGUCUUACAGAAAAAUAUGCUUCCAUAAUAUGAAAUAGAUUAUCCAAUAAUUGAGAAACUUCUAUGUGUAUCAUGAGAGCAUAAGAAAAUCUGGAUUAUCUAAUAACAUUGUUAGCCCUGUGUAUGUACAGAUCAAAAAGUUCACUUAUUAAAGUAGUUUCAGUUCCUAGUGUGGUAUAUUGCAAAUUGUGCUAAAGUUAUUUUAGUAUAUGUAUUUCAUUCUUGUGCUUCUGUUCUGAAGUCCUGGAAUAAUUUUUUCAGUGUAAUUAAUUCAGCUGCACUUAACACUAAUGUCCAUGUUGGUAUAAAAAUGUUUAAAUCUUAUAGUUGAGGAAGAUCUUCCAUUUUUAUGGUAUUACAGGGAAGCUAAGACUGCAGGAUCAGUCUGACUAUACUAUUAGGUGCAUGUUUUCCCUUUUCAAUAACUUAUACUUGUCUAUCUAGAAUAUAGGUCUUCCAAUCAGCUGGUCAUUUACCAGGUAUGGACUUAAGUUGCUGGGCUUGCAAUAAGAAUUGCUGGUCCCUCAUUGUGCGGGUUGGGGUGGAGCUUUAAUCAGUAAAUGCUCCACUUUCUGUAUUACGUUAACAUUGGCUCAUGCAUAUACCUACCUGCUGCUGAUGUAUUUCUCCAUCUUAAAGAUUUAGAGUGGGUUAACCAGGUCAUUUACAUCUUAAUUUAAUAACAAGCAUUACUGUAGAGUGAUUGUGUAUAGAUCUCCAUUAGCUGUCAGGUUGUGUUUUUUUAGCCUGUUGUGUAUGUUGUGUGUGUAGGGUGGGUAGGAUUAGGAUGGUGAACUGUUCAGGAAUUCUCUGCACUAGCUGUGCAGAAGAGCAGAUACCUAGUGCUGCUCUGGCAUUAAUCCCAGGAACCACUAGCAGUAGCGGGGCGCCGCCAAUCUAACAUGAGCACAGGUGCUUCAUGACAAACAUUACUAGCAUGUUCAACUGCAUAAUGUUCUGGCACUGUAUUUUGAAUGACAUUAAUUUAUUAAAUAAGUUGUAUAUAUUCAA